AUGAGUUCGAGCCAUUUCUGUUCACUCGCCUUCCCUGCUGUCUUGAUCCUGGAGCUCAUGAUCACGAGCUUCGCUUCUUGUAGCGCUCCAGGAAAUGAGACUGAUAAAAUUGCUCUGCAAGAGUUCAGGUCCCUCUUAACAGAUGAUUCUGCAGGAACCUUGGCCUCCUGGAAUGAUUCCCUCCAUUUCUGCCGAUGGACUGGAGUCACUUGUGGUCUCAGACACCAACGAGUCACCGCCUUGAACCUAGAUGGACGAGAUCUGGCUGGGACCGUGUCCCCUUAUAUCGGAAACCUUUCGUUCCUCCGAUACCUGAACCUCGCAAACAACUCUUUCCAUGGUUUCAUUCCUUCUGAAAUCGGGCGCUUGUUCAGGCUUGAAAACCUGAUCUUGAGCCACAACGCCUUAGGAGGUGGAAUUCCUAGAAAUCUCUCCAUGUGUCUUAGCCUCGUGACUCUCGAGCUCGACUAUAAUCGUCUCCACAAUUCCAUUCCUUCCGAAUUUGGGUCACUGUCAAAACUCCAGACGCUCUCCCUUCCGUUCAACAAUCUCAUAGGACGAAUCCCCGCUUCCAUCGGAAACCUUUCCAACCUCGAAGAGCUUGAUCUAUUGAGCAACAACCUGACAGGAGGAGUUCCCAUUUCUAUAAGCCAAACGAGGCUUAAAUUUUUUCAGGCAGGUCAAAACCAGCUGACAGGUGGCUUCCCCCCUGCCCUUUACAACUUGUCAUCCCUCAAUACCAUAAGUUUGACCCUAGGCCUGUUCUCUGGUAGUAUCAGGAGAGACAUAGGCCUUCUGCUUCCAAAUCUGCAAAUUUUAUAUCUGGCAGUUAAUCAGUUCACAGGUCCCAUUCCCGAUUCACUCUCCAACGUCACGAACUUAGCAGAAAUUGAUUUCUAUGGCAAUAACUUCACUGGACAUGUCCCGGCCAGCUUUGGAGGGCUUCAAAACUUGAGCUGGCUCGGCCUUGGGUUUAAUUUUCUCGGAAGCGGCGCAACCGACAGUCUAAGUUUCCUUGCUGAUUUGGCCAACUGCAGCAACCUUGAAAUGCUAGAUUUACAACAUAACCAGUUCAAAGGCGAGCUGCCUGUUUCUGUUGGUAACUUCUCAACCCAACUGGAGAGGCUACAAUUGUCGACAAACAGAAUUCAUGGGAGAAUUCCUGAAGCAAUUGCAAACCUCUUUAGUCUACAUCUAUUAUAUAUGAACGAUAACAUGCUGACAGGCAACAUUCCAAUGUCUAUUGGGAGGCUAUCAAACUUGAAAUCUCUGAAUUUGGCCCAAAACAAGUUGACUGGACACACACCUUCGACCAUAGGUAACAUCACCGGUCUGAUACGUCUGUACUUGUACAACAACAGCUUAGAAGGAAGCAUACCUUUGAGCCUCGGCGACUGCAAGUCCCUGCUAGAUCUGCGCCUCUGUCAUAACAAAUUUACUGGGACCAUUCCUAGCCACAUGAUCAGACCGUCCUCCCUCAUAAUACUUUUGAAUGUGAGAUUCCUACAACUUUGGGCAACUGUUUGGGACUCGAAGAGCUGUAUAUGCAGUCGAACCAUUUUCGAGGACCCAUUCCUCAGUUCAAGGGGUUAA